AGAUCAAAUUAUACUCUUUCCAAAAUGACGAAGCUAAUUAGUAUUAAUAUUUUGUUCGUGUUGAUUAUAUCCGCGAUUGCGAACGCACAGCAGUGCGGUAGACAAAAGGGCGGAGCCUUAUGCAGCGGCAACUUGUGUUGCAGCCAAUUCGGGUGGUGCGGAUCAACACCCGAAUUUUGUUCACCUUCCAAAGGCUGCCAGAGUCGCUGCACUGGUGGCGGAUCAACCCCAACUCCAACUCCAACUCCAUCUGGUAGCGCGCAAAAUAUACGUGCAACGUAUCAUAUAUAUAACCCACAGAAUGUUGGGUGGGAUUUGAACGCUGUCAGCGCUUACUGUUCAACUUGGGAUGCUAAUAAGCCUUACUCCUGGCGGAAAAAGUAUGGCUGGACUGCUUUCUGUGGUCCAGUUGGACCUCGUGGUCGCGACUCAUGUGGCAAGUGCUUAAGGGUGACAAAUACACGUACAAGAGCUCAAACGACGGUGAGAAUUGUAGAUCAGUGUAGCAACGGAGGACUAGACUUGGACGUUAACGUUUUUCGACAAAUCGACACAGACGGAAACGGAAAUCAUCAAGGCCAUCUUAUUGUGAACUAUCAGUUUGUUGAUUGUGGUGAUAAUUAAAUCUUAUAGUUGACAUAGAGAAUGAUAAGAUUCAUGUUUGAUUAUCCAAAUAAAUGUUGAAGUAUGAAAUUAAAAUAAUAAUAAUAAUAAUAAUAACAAUAAAGUUAUAUCCGAAUUGAGACAA